AUUGGUGGAGAGCUGUGUGGACAGCGUGGAGUCCACAGGAGGAACUCAGCGAGGAAUCGAAGGAGCAGAGAGGACAGAGGAGAGACCAGAGGAGACCCGCACAGACGAACACAGUCCAGCACCUGAUCCUUGAAGAGAUGGGGGGUCAGGCCUCCUCUAUGGCCUCACUGCAGGGCGUCCAUGUGGUUGUAGUGGGUGGGGGGUUUGGAGGCAUCGCGGCGGGUCAGCAGCUGAAGUCUGGAGGAUUCAGCUUCACCCUGAUCGACAUGAGAGACGCUUUCCAUCACAACCCGGCAGCUCUCAGAGCGUCCGUGCAGCCAGGCUUUGCUCGGAGGACCUUCAUCCCGUACGCUGAGACGUUUGGAGACAGUUUUGUUCAAGGUCGGGUGGUGCGAGUGGACACAGACUCACAGACGGUGAUCCUAGAGGGAGGGAAGGUAAUCCAGUACUCCCACCUCAUCCUGUGCACUGGGACUGAUGGAACCUUCCCCGGCAAGUUCAACACCACGGCCUCCUACCAGAGCGCCAUCCAGACCUACGAGGACUUCAGCAAACAGGUCCAGGCUGCAGACUCUGUGCUGGUGGUUGGAGGAGGAUCUACAGGUGUGGAGAUGGCUGCAGAGAUUAAAACAGAGUAUCCAGAGAAGAAGGUGGUUCUGAUCCACUCCAGGAUCGCUCUCGCCGACCCAGAGCUGCUGCAUAGUGUCAGACAAGAAGCUAAACAUGUCCUGGUUGAAAAGGGGGUGGAGCUGUUGCUGGGUCAGAAGGUGUUGAACCUGUCGGAGCUGCAGCUGAAUGUGACCCAGAAGAACACAGAGGUCACCACGGACAGAGGAACCAGUCUGACCACAGACCUGAUCAUCAGCUGUGUAGGACUGAAGAUCAACUCUGCAGCCUACGCCUCCUGCUUCUCUGGCUCUAUGGCUGAAAAUGGAGCUCUGAAUGUGAAUGAGCAUCUGCAGGUCAAAGGUCACUCCAUCAUCUACGCUGUGGGCGACUGUGCCGACGUCAACGAGCCCAAGAUGGCGUACCAUGCCACACUGCACGCCAAUGUUGCUGUUAGCAAUAUCCGCAACAGUUUGAGGGGGAGUCCGCUGACCUCAUACCGCACAGGAAACGUCACCAUGUUGCUGGCAAUGGGCCAUGAUGAUGGCGUGGGUCAGUUUAACGGGUUCAAGUUGCCUCGUUUCCUGGUUGCUCUUGGGAAGAGUCGAGAUCUGCUGCUGUGGAAGAGCUGGAGAGAGAUGCAGCAGAAACAACCCUGAAUUGACUGGGACUGGGACCAGGACCAGGACCAGGAUCCAGACCAGGACUGGGACAAAGCAAAGAAUUUUCUUCUUUGUG